AUGGCUGAUUUUGCUAAAUCAAUCUUUGGUUUAAAUAAAAAGAGUAAUAACAAUAGUACUCAUCAUUCAUCUGCAUCACCAACUCCUCCAUCAUCAUCACAUUCAAAUCAAUCAACAACAACUAAAGAACAACAUCAGUUUAAUUACGAUCAACAACAGCAAGCUCAAAGUUUUAAUCAACAACAAUAUGACCAAUUUAAUGAUGAUCAACAAAAUAAAUUUUUACCCAAGGGCCUAGUGAAUUUAAUUCCAACAACUCCAGUUUCUAAUAAUUCGUCAGUUUAUGGUACUACUACAACUAAAGCUAAUGAUAAUCCAGAAUCUUAUUUAAAUCAACAGUUUAAAUCAAAUGAUUAUCAUCAAAAUAAUUUUAAUCAUCCGCAUUAUUAUCAACAAAAUAUUAACCAUCAACAAUUACAACAAUUACAACAAGAACCUAAUCAACAACAAUCUUCUUCAUCUACUAUAUCAUCUCAUUAUAAUCAAGAUCCAGUUAUUAUAACUACUGAUGAAACUGGUCAAACUAUAAAUCCCGAUUCAGAAGCUGCCACUCAUCCAAAAGGUAAAUUAAAAGUUACUAUACUCGAAGCAAAAGACUUACAAGCUACUCAACCUUAUGUAGUUUGUAGUUUUGAGAGUUCUGAAUUUGUUACUAAUGGUCCUGAUUCAUUUGGUAAAUUUUCAUUACCACAACCUAAUCAUAAUAAAAAUUUUUUACCAGUAAAUAAACAUCACCAAAAUCAUAAUCAGAGACCUGGUUUAUAUCAAAGACAAUUAUCAACACCUCAAUUAAAUUUAACUUCAGAUGCAAAUAAUAAUCCAAUAUGGAAUCAUGAUGCUUUAUUUGAUGUCAUUGGUUCAAAAUCAGAAUUAGAUAUUUCUGUUUAUGAUGGUGCUAAAGAUGAUGCAUUUUUAGGUCAUGUUAGAUUAUUCCCUCAAACUACUGUUAAUAAAAAAUCACAAGCUGAAUGGUUACCAUUAACUGCAAGAGUAAUUGGUGAAAAAGUUUCUGGUUCAAUAUUAAUUAAAUGGGAAUAUACUUCAUUAGCAAAGAAAAAUUUUGGUCCUGAUAAUUUUGAAUUUUUAAGAUUAUUAGGUAAAGGUACAUUUGGUCAAGUUUUUCAAGUUAUCAAAAAAGAUACUUCAAGAAUUUAUGCAAUGAAAGUAUUAUCAAAGAAAGUUAUAGUUAAAAAAAAGGAAAUUGCUCAUACAAUUGGAGAACGUAAUAUUUUAGUACGCACUUCAACCACAUCAUCACCAUUUAUAGUUGGUUUAAAAUUUUCAUUCCAAACACCAACUGAUUUAUAUUUAGUUACUGAUUAUAUGUCAGGUGGUGAAUUAUUUUGGCAUUUACAAAAAGAAGGUAGAUUUUCUGAAGAUAGAGCUAAAUUUUAUAUAGCGGAAUUAGUUUGUGCAUUAGAACAUUUACAUGAUAAUAGUAUUGUUUAUCGUGAUUUAAAACCAGAAAAUAUUUUAUUAGAUGCAAAUGGUCAUAUUGCACUUUGUGAUUUUGGAUUAUCAAAAGCAAAUUUAAAUAAUGAUGGUACAACAAAUACAUUUUGUGGUACAACAGAAUAUUUAGCACCAGAAGUUUUAUUAGAUGAAAGUGGAUAUACUAAAAUGGUUGAUUUUUGGUCAUUGGGAGUUUUAAUAUUUGAAAUGACUUGUGGUUGGUCACCAUUUUAUGCUGAUAAUACUCAACAGAUGUAUAAAAAUAUUGCUUUUGGUAAAGUUAGAUUUCCAAAAGAAAUUUUAAGUGCAGAAGGUAGAUCAUUUGUUAAAGGUUUAUUAAAUAGAAAUCCAAAACAUAGAUUAGGUGCAACAAAUGAUGCAAGAGAAUUAAAAGCACAUCCAUUUUUCAAUGACAUUGAUUGGAAUUUAUUAAAAUCAAAACUGAUACCACCACCUUUUAAACCACAUUUAACUUCAGAAACAGAUACAUCAAAUUUUGAUCCUGAAUUUACAUCAGAAUCAACAACAGCUUUAAAAAAACAAAUGGAAAUGGCAUCAACUCCAUUAUCGCCAGGUAUACAAGCAAAUUUUAAAGGUUUUACAUAUGUUGAUGAUUCAACAAUGGAUGAUCAUUUUGCUAAAUCUUUAAGAAUGAAUACUUUUAAAAGUCCGGGUUCAUUUAUACCUGGUAAUCCAAAUUUGCCACCAGAUGAAGAUGUAAUAGAUGAUGAUCAAAUUGAAGAAGAAGAUGAAAUGGAAAUAGACGAAGAUCAUCCAAUGGAUUAUGAAUUUGUUAAUGGAAGAUUUGAUUUAUAA